CUUGAUUUCCUAAGGAAGCCUCGAGAAAGUUCAAGUUCUAGGAAGAGCUUGAACUUUCUCGACUACUUGUUGUUUCCCGUCACAGACUCACAUCUCCAUGAUCUCCGCUGCCGGCGGUUCCUCGACGCUGGCGGCCAUGAACGCGUCGGCCGAGAGCGACGUGGAGCUGAUGCGUACGAUCCUGGGCGAGCACGUGCCGCAGAGCGUCAUCCUGACGUGUCUGAACGCCUGCGCCUUCGACGUGAGUGCCGCCCUGAAUUGGUACUUCGCUGAGGUGGCGUCGUCUCCCGUUGCUGCUUCCUCCUCCUCCUCAGCGCUGCAGCAGCCGCAGAUGCUGGGCGAUGCUCCUCCUCCCGCUUCCGUUCCCAGCAUCCAAUCGGGUCUCAGUCUCACGCUUCAUCCACGCGCUAUGGAAGGAAUGGUAAGCAAGUCGGAGGCCUACUACGCUACACUCACAAGGGGAGAUCCAGCCUACGACCUGCUCACACCCAGCAACGACAAAUUCCUGACUAUCCGCCUACGUAAACGUGGCUGGCGCACUGGAACCUUCCUGGGGGUCCCCUCACCCGCUACACAAAGACCUUAUUUCGCCAAUGGAGACGUGGUGACACUUGAAUGCAACGGGCUGUGGCUCAAGGCCAGUUCCCUCAAUAAAAUGCUGCAGUGGAAAGCUCCAUCUGAAGACGAUCGCAAUAAAUUUGUGAUACGAGGCCUGCCACUGGGCAAGAAUUUGGCUCCUGGGGACUAUUUCUUCCUCACGAGCUACAAGUGGAAGGACAAGGAGAUCGUGCGCAAGGACGAGCGUCCCGUCGGUAUCAGCAGCUACAACAACAGCAUCCACCGCUGCUUUCUGGGCCUCGAACGCAUCAAAACAGCCAACCAGCGCUUGUAUCUGUACGCGAAACUCACACCCAACGCGCUCAAGAGUCUGCCAAAGCCCGAUGACCCCGUCAAUGUCAAUAACCUCACAAUCAGCGUCAUGGGUACACCCAUGUCAACGGGAAGCUUCACUAUGCAAGAGCAGUCACAUUCGCGUCGGAAGGACUCCAUUUCUGACGAGAUUCAACUCACGAACGCCAAGAUCGAUCAGAUGGCAAACAUCAUUGGCACGGACGUAUCUCGAGAUCGUCUCGCCAACUUUCUGGACGGCGCUGGCGGAGACGUGCAGGUCGCAUUGGAGCAUUAUUUCAUGAGCGUAUCCAAGGAAACCGGACCAGCAACAGCACCAGCUACUACGUCAACCAGUGCGCCCCCACCAACUCAGAUCCAGCAGUCAGCAGCAUCUCUUGAAGAGGCCCAAGCACGUGCACAUGCCGAAGCCCAAGCAAACCACAACCGACGGCCGCUUAGCCAGCUCAUAUUGGGAAUUCCUUCCAUCUCCGAGCCGCUGCCAUCACCAAGCACGGAGCCAGUGUCGAUCCCGCCUCCGGCUCCCACAACGACCAAACAUGGCAUUGCAAUGAUGCCUCCACGUCCACCGUCAGUUGACGUCACAAGUACUUUUGUUGGAGAGCCGUCGCCUGGCAUGCCGCCUCCUGUUCCCUCUCCCUGUCCGUCUCCAAUCCCUCCUUCCGUCACUACAUUAUCAGAUACCAGUUUAACUCCAGCUGCGGUGCCUCGAAUCACCGAGGACGAAGAGUUUGUGGACGCAACGGACUAUACAAAACACCAGGAGCAAAUGGAGCAGCACAUGACGCACCAGGAGCAACAAAUGUUUACAUCAGAGCAACAAGGUCGUGGGUCCGAGUCCGUGUCAGAGGCUGAGAGUGGACGAGCAGAGGCGCUUACGAUCCAGGACUUCGAGAUGUUAAGUGUACUGGGCAAAGGAAGCUUCGGCGCUGUGAUGUUGGUGCGUUUCAAGAAGGACGGGCGAGUAUUCGCUCUCAAGAUUAUCAAGAAGAAUAACAUGGAUCAGGCGGACGUGCAGAACGCUAUGGAAGAGCGACAGAUUCUGCAACGGAUCCAUCAUCCAUACAUUUGUGGCCUGGUCUUUGCCUUCCAGACCAAUGAACGGCUGUAUCUGGGUAUGAAGUACUACGCCGCUGGAGAUUUGUUCUACCAUCUGAACAUGAAGGGCCGACUGAGUGUCAAGGACGCCAAGCUGUACGGGGCAGAACUCGUGUUGGCCAUCUCGUAUCUCCACGAGUUGAACAUUCUUUAUCGCGAUCUCAAGCCGUCGAACGUCAUGAUUGAUUCCGAGGGCCACAUCGGUGUGGUCGACUUUGGUCUAUCGAAGCAACACAUUUACGGAAGCAACUUUGGUGUCAAGACAUUGUCGGGGACAGCUGAGUAUGUGGCCCCAGAAGCGCUCGCACAAUCUGCUGAUGGUUCUCGCAACUACGGCAAGGCCUACGACUGGUGGAGUCUCGGUGUCGUCAUCUACGAGAUGCUGGUUGGGGAGUCCCCUUUCUACGACGAGAAUGAGCACAAGAUGCUGAGUCGAAUCGCGUAUUCGGACGUGGUUUUCCCCUCAGACUUCCCGCGUGACGCAUAUGACCUAGUAAAAGGUUUACUGUGCAAGGACCCGAAGCAGCGACUUGGAUCGGAGCGCAUGGGCGGCGUGGACGCCAUCAAAGGCUGUCGGUUCUUUAGGCAUAUUGACUGGGAUAAACUAUUGCGACGAGAAGUCAAAGCCCACUGGACGCCAAAGCUCAGCGGCGAGACAGAUACCAGAUAUGUGGACCCAGAGUUUAUCGAUGAAGGUCCGCCUUCAGCAGCUUACGACCCGAGCGCUGAUGCUGGCAAUUCCCUUAGCAAGCGAUUCAGUCAAUUUUCAUUCAAUUACAAUCUCGGGUGAGGUGGGGAGGCAGUGAGGGAGUAUACACACAAAAAAGAAUCCCUUACUACAUCGACAGAUUUUUCAGUUCUUGUGCACCUCUACUCGAUCAGGUCUCGGAUUUGAGAGGUCGAUUCAUGAGCAGUUCCUGAAGCUGCUCUCGCUUGACGUGGCCCUUGAUCAUGGCGUUGACGGUGCGGAAGAUAGGCAGGUCGAGGCCACAUUGCUCGGCGAAGUAGACAGCGACUUCGGCUGUAGGGACGCCCUCGACUGUGGUCUCACGUAGCAGGUCCUCGGCCUUCUCGCCCUGGAUGAGGCGAAGACCGAACGUCCGGUUACGUGAGAGACUACCGAAGGCCGUAAGCAUGAGAUCUCCGAUGCCUGCGAGGCCAGAGAUGGUUAUGGGCUGACCACCCAUCGCCAAACAGAGUUUCUGUAGCUCCAAUGAGCUGCGUGUAACGUAGGCCGCGAGCGUGUUGAUACCGUAGCCGGAGCCCUCAACCAUACCGGCGCCGAUGGCCAGUGGGUUCUUCAGAGCACCACCAAGCUGCACGCCCACGAUAUCCUGCGAGCUGUAGAUGCGGAAGUCGACGGUGGAAAGACGUCGCUGCACGUAGACCGCAUGGUAGAGCAGUUUGGCAGCCACGACGACCGCCGACGGCGCGUUGUUCAUGAGCUCGAGCGCGAAGGAUGGACCCGAGAGGAAGGCCAGAGGCUGGUCGCGCUGUAGUGCCUCCAGAAUAGGCACGGCCAGCAGCUGCUUUGUCUUUAGGUACAACCCCUUGCAUGUGAUGACCAGCACAGCGUCCGUCGGGAUGUCGUCGCGGUGCAGGGCCAGGAAGUCGGGAGUGAGCUGAGCCGGGAGACACACGAUCACAAUCUUGGCGUCGCUAGUGGCUUCAGCCACGGACGUCGUGGCGCGGAUAUUGGGCAGAAGUUCGAACUGCGGGAACACGCGAGGGCUGCGGUGCGUCUCGUUGAUGGACUGUACCACAUCCGCGUCGCGGGCGUAGAGCACGACGUCGUGCUUGCGCCGAGCCGCCAGCGUCGCCAUGGCGAUGCCGAACGCACCCGCCGCCAGCACAGCCACCUUGACUUUCUCCACUUCGGCCGACGGCAUACCGGCCAUGGUCGCGCCACCCAGAGAGCCCUCCAUGCCCUUGAUGUGCAGGAAGUCUGUAGUGAGGAGAUACUUGAUCAACAACGCCCUUACAUUCUGGCAAAGUGCAAGAAAGUUCGCGUAAAAUACACAUAUCACUUCAACAUGCACGAAUCAUUCAAAAUUGGC